AUGGCGCCCGACCAGGGGGUGCUCGUUCUAUUUGAGAAAGGACGCAUCUACACAUUCAUUGGCGAAGUUGUCGUUUCUGUGAAUCCCUACAAGCCGCUGAACAUCUAUGGCAGAGACACGAUUGAGCAGUAUAAGGGGCGGGAGCUCUAUGAGAGACCGCCGCACCUCUUUGCUAUCGCCGAUGCGGCUUACAAGGCCAUGAAAAGACGAUCAAAAGAUACCUGCAUCAUGAUAUCAGGGGAGAGUGGCGCUGGGAAAACUGAAGCCAGCAAGUACAUUAUGCAGUACAUCGCCGCCAUCACCAACCCCAGCCAGCGCGCGGAGGUUGAAAGAGUGAAGAACAUGUUGCUAAAGUCCAACUGUGUCCUGGAAGCAUUUGGAAAUGCCAAAACCAACCGUAAUGACAAUUCAAGCCGGUUUGGAAAAUACAUGGAUAUCAACUUUGAUUUCAAGGGGGACCCGAUUGGUGGGCAUAUUAAUAACUACUUACUAGAGAAGUCUCGAGUGAUUGUACAACAGCCUGGAGAAAGAAGCUUCCAUUCUUUCUAUCAGCUGCUUCAAGGAGGUUCGGAGCAGCUUCUGCGGUCUCUACAUCUCCAGAAAUCCCUUUCAUCUUACAACUAUAUCCAUGUAGGAGCUCAACUAAAGUCUUCUAUCAGUGAUGCCGCGGAGUUCAAGGUGGUCGCUGAGGCCAUGAAAGUGAUUGGCUUCAAACCUGAGGAGAUUCAAACAGUGUAUAAAAUUUUGGCUACUAUUCUGCACCUGGGGAACUUAAAGUUUAUAGUAGAUGGCGACACGCCCUUUAUUGAAAACAGCAAGGUCGUGUCUGUCCUGGCAGAACUGCUGUCUGCGAAGUCCGACACGGUGGAGAAAGCCCUUCUCUUCCGGACUGUGGCCACAGGGCGUGACGUCAUCGACAAGCAGCACACGGAGCAAGAAGCCAGCUACGGCAGAGACGCCUUUGCCAAGGCAAUCUACGAGCGGCUUUUUUGUUGGAUUGUCACUCGCAUCAACGACAUCAUCGAGGUCAAGAACUAUGACACCACCAUCCAUGGGAAAAACACGGUGAUUGGUGUCUUGGAUAUCUACGGCUUUGAGAUCUUUGACAACAACAGCUUUGAGCAAUUCUGCAUCAAUUACUGCAACGAGAAACUGCAGCAGCUGUUCAUUCAGCUGGUCCUGAAGCAGGAGCAGGAGGAAUAUGAGCGGGAAGGGAUCCCGUGGAAGCACAUCGAUUACUUCAACAACCAGAUCAUCGUGGACCUGGUGGAGCGGCAGCACAAAGGCAUCAUCUCCAUCCUGGAUGACGCCUGCAUGAACGUCGGCAAGGUCACCGACGAAAUGUUCCUUGAAGCGCUGAACAGCAAACUGGGCAAGCAUGGCCAUUUUUCUAGUCGAAAGCUCUGUGCCUCGGACAAAAUGCUGGAGUUUGACCGAGAUUUCCGAAUUCGACAUUAUGCCGGUGACGUCGUCUAUUCUGUCGUUGGUUUUAUUGACAAAAAUAAAGACACCUUAUUUCAAGAUUUUAAGCGCCUCAUGUAUAACAGUUCAAAUCCCGUGCUGAAGAACAUGUGGCCAGAAGGCAAAUUGAGCAUCACAGAGGUGACCAAGCGACCACCGACUGCUGCCACCUUGUUUAAAAAUUCUAUGAUCGCUUUAGUCGACAACAUUGCAUCAAAGGAACCUUAUUACGUACGCUGCAUCAAACCCAACGACAAGAAAUCCCCACAGAUAUUUGAUGAUGAGCGCUGCCGGCAUCAAGUGGAAUACCUUGGCCUCCUGGAAAAUGUGAGGGUGCGUCGGGCAGGGUUUGCCUUCCGCCAGACAUACGAGAAGUUUCUUCACAGGUACAAAAUGAUCUCUGAAUUCACCUGGCCCAACCAUGACCUACCUUCAGACAAAGAGGCUGUCAAGAAACUGAUGGAACACUGUAGGUUUCAGGAUGAUGUAGCCUAUGGGAAGACCAAAAUCUUCGUUCGCACUCCUCGUACAUUGUUUACCUUGGAAGAACUCCGUGCCCAGAUGCUUGGAAGGAUCGUCCUCUUUCUACAAAAGGUGUGGCGGGGCACGCUGGCCCGCAUGCGGUACAAGAGGACCAAGGCAGCACUGACGAUAAUCAGGUACUACCGCCGCUACAAAGUCAAGUCCUACAUCCAGGAAGUGGGCCGCCGCUUCCAGGGGAUCAAGACCAUGCGCGACUAUGGCAAGCACGUGAAGUGGCCAACCCCUCCCAAAGUCCUUCACCGAUUCGAGGAGGCCCUGCAAGCCAUUUUCAAUCGAUGGAGAGCAUCCCGGCUCAUCCAGAACAUUCCUGCUGCAGAUUUGCCCCAGGUCAGGGCGAAGGUUGCCGCCAUGGAGAUGCUGAAGGGUCAGAGGGCUGAUCUCGGGCUCCAGAGGGCCUGGGAAGGGAACUAUCUUGCUUCGAAGCCAGAUACACCGCAGACCUCAGGCACUUUUGUCCCCGUUGCUAAUGAGCUGAAACGAAAGGACAAAUACAUGAACGUCCUCUUCUCCUGCCAUGUCCGUAAGGUGAAUCGAUUUAGUAAAGUGGAAGACCGAGCUAUUUUUGUCACUGACCGUCACCUCUAUAAGAUGGAUCCCACUAAACAGUACAAGGUGAUGAAGACCAUCCCCCUGUACAAUUUGACUGGGCUGAGUGUGUCCAAUGGAAAAGACCAGCUGGUGGUGUUCCACACAAAGGACAACAAAGACCUCAUUGUCUGCCUCUUCAGCAAGCAGCCAACCCACGAGAGUCGAAUUGGAGAGCUGGUUGGCGUCCUGGUGAAUCACUUCAAGAGCGAGAAGCGCCACCUUCCAGUCACCGUCACCAACCCCGUGCAGUGCAGCCUCCACGGCAGGAAGUGCACUGUCUCCGUAGAGACGCGCCUCAACCAGCCGCUGCCCGACUUCACCAAGAGCCGCUCCGGCUUCACCCUCAGCGUGCCAGGGAACUGAGCGUCCAGCCGGCCGCAGCCGCUACCGCCACCGCCACCAAUGCCUUUGCUAACGCCCUGCUAGAAAUCAGCCCCACAGGCCCUGCCUGGGGAGGGGCCCCUCCAGAGCUCUUGAAGACCCCUCCCCUUAAGGUUCCUUUCUGCCUUUGGUCGCCACUGCCUCCUUCUCUGUCCACUGUCCCCACUCAAGAAACCAAAGACCCUGGUGUCCUGCUGCAGCGCCACGCCUCCCCGGGAGCCACAACGGAUGGCCGCCCUAAAAAGCCAGGUCCCGCGCCUCAAGCUGGGGGCCAGCUGGUGAGCUCUGGAAAAGAAUGGGGGCCAGGAUGUGCUCCCCGAGAUUUGGGGUGAUGGGGUGGAACGGAACCCAGCCCUCACCUGCUCCCCACGGUGGCCCCAGUCCCAUGCCCUCGAGGCUGAACCACCACGUCCAGCUCAGGGAGGCUCUGCCCUACCUGGAGCAGGCAGCCACGACCCAGCAGCCUGACUCAACCCAGCAGCCUGCUCUCCGCUGCCAUCCCAUCCGUUGGCGGCCCUGUGGUGCCCACAUGGGCCUGGGGUCCUCAUGGGGAGUGGCGCUGCAGAGGCGAGGGGCGAGCACGUGGUGCGGACGCCUCCCUCCUGAAGAAGGAGAGGGCCGCAGCUUACAGGAAGCAGCGCGAGAGACAGUGUGGGGCCCUGGCACUGCUGGCCAGGCCGGGAUGCGCCCCUUCACCCCAACCCACCCCUGCCCGGGGCCACCCAGACUGGUCCUCAUGCUCCAAGAUGCCACCCUCUUGCCACUCUGCCGGCACAUGGCCCGCCACGCCCACUGGGUGGGGAGGCCAGCCCAGGUACGGGGUCCGAAGCUCCGCAAGUGUGUGACAUGACAGGGACACGCACAGAGGGACUUCACUUCCCCACACCUCACUGCUGCCCCACCCACCCCAAGUGCCUGGCCGACCCCAGGCGGUCCCUAAAACCUAGCCUCAAGCCCACCCAGCCCCUCCCCAGGGCUUGCAAAGGUUUGCACUGUGUGCAAUUUGCAAGAGUCCUGCUGGCAUCCUGUCCUGGGGCCCCAGCCUCCUCCUGGGAGCAGGUGGCCACGGUCCAAGGUGCCACCAGCCCCGCUCCGCAGUGCUGUUUUGCCAAUGACCCGCGGUCACUCGUGGGACCAUCUAACUGGAACGUGACCUCUUGUUCCCCUUCCUCCCCCAGACUUGCUGCUUCACACUAGACACAUGCCAGUCAGUGCAUGUUGUGGUCGCACCAAAACAGUAUGCCAAACGAGGUGCCUUUGUCGGGGCUGCAAAGAAGGGGAGGGCCUGGUGUUUGGCUCCCCGCCUUCUCUCCGUCCUCCUCCCCCACCUCUCUAGGUUGCCUGGGGUGUCCGGGUGGAUGAGGCCCCAGGGACUGUCCACAAGCACCUUUUUUAUGCUGUCCAAUAGCAGCCAGCAAGUAGUGUCACGUGGUGGUUGAGAGGGACCAGGAAUUCAGAGUGUGAUCUCACACACGGAUCCAGGGUGUGGAGAAGAAAGGACAGGAAUGUGGUGACUUGUAUGCAAUGAAAUGUUUCUCCAGAUUUAAUUAAAUGCAAUUUUAGGGUUUGGUGCAUAUAUGUCUAUUUUCCAUUAACUUAACUUUAUUUCUAAAGCACAUUCUGAUUUACCAUCAACAGCAAUAAAAGCAUUAAGUCUUA